AUGUCUCCUACUUCACUUCGAGCCAGACAGCCGGCGCUACCUGGGACCGAGGGCUUCUCCAAGGGCGUCGACGUUGUCCUCGGGCCUGCCAUUGGCCCGCUAGGUCGCCUUCCAGCCGGAGGUCGUAACUGGGAGGGUUUCGCCGUGGACCCUUACCUCAGUGGCGUUGCUGUCGCCGAAUCCGUCAGGGGCAUCCAGGAUGCUGGUGCUAUUGCCAACGUCAAGCACUACAUCGUCAAUGAGCAGGAACAUUUCCGCCAGGCUGGCGAGGCUCAAGGUUACGGCUACGAUGUCGACGAGGCAUUAUCGUCGAACGUCGACGACAAGACCAUGCAUGAGCUUUACCUUUGGCCAUUUGCAGACGCUAUCAACAACAGUUACGGCUGUCAAAACUCCCAUCUUCUGAAUGGGCUCCUCAAGGACGAACUCGGCUUCCAGGGAUUCGUCCUCAGCGAUUGGCAAGCACAGCAUGCUGGUGCUGCCACUGCCGUUGCUGGACUUGACAUGGCUAUGCCCGGUGACACUCGCUUCAACACCGGAGUCGCUUUUUGGGGCGCUAACCUUACGAACGCCAUUUUGAACGGCACCGUUCCCGAAUAUCGUCUCGAUGACAUGGCCAUGCGAAUCAUGGCGGCCUUCUUCAAAGUUGGAAAGACCCUGGACGACGUUCCUGACAUCAACUUCUCGUCUUGGACAAAAGACACCAUCGGCCCGCUGCACUGGGCGGCCCAGGAUAAUGUGCAGGUCAUUAACCAACACGUUGAUGUCCGCCAAGACCACGGCGCCCUUAUUCGCACCAUCGCUGCCCGCGGUACUGUCUUACUCAAGAACGAGGGAUCACUGCCUCUGAACAAGCCGAAAUUCGUUGCUGUCAUUGGUGAAGAUGCUGGCCCUCGGGCUGUUGGUCCCAAUGGCUGCCCUGAUCAGGGUUGCAAUAACGGCACUCUGGCUGCUGGGUGGGGAUCUGGCACCGCCAGUUUCCCUUAUCUCAUCACUCCUGAUAGUGCUCUUCAGUUUCAAGCCAUUUCAGACGGCUCGCGAUACGAGAGCAUCCUGAGCAAUUGGGACUAUGACCGCACAGAGGCCUUGGUUUCCCAGGCGGACGCGACUGCUCUGGUUUUCGUCAAUGCAAACUCAGGCGAAGGUUAUAUCAGCGUUGAUGGAAACGAAGGUGAUCGCAAGAACCUCACGCUCUGGAAUGGAGGAGACGAGCUUAUUCAACGAGUCGCUGCGGCCAACAACAACACCAUCGUCAUCAUCCAUUCGGUUGGGUCCUGUCCUAGUCACAGACUGGCACGGAGAACCCCAAUAUCACGGCUAUCAUCUGGGCCGGGCUACCCGGACAGGAGUCUGGCAACUCUAUUGCCGAUAUUCUUUACGGCCGCAGAGCCCAACAAUGGUAAUGGUGCUCCCCAGAGCGAUUUCGACGAGGGAGUCUUCAUCGACUACCGUUGGUUUGACCGGCAGUCGGGUGUCGAUAACAAUGCAUCAGCACCGAGGAACAGCAGCAGCAGCAGCAACGCCCCAAUCUUCGAGUUUGGCUAUGGCCUUUCGUACACAACCUUUGAAUUCUCCAAUCUUCAAAUUGAGAGGCAUGAUGUUCAGGAUUACGUCCCUACGACUGGGCAGACCAACCCUGCGCCGAGAUUUGGUGCUAACUACAGUACAAACUACGACGACUACGUCUUUCCCGAGGGCGAAAUCCGUUACAUCUAUCAACACAUCUACCCAUACCUCAAUUCCUCAGACCCAGAGGAGGCAUUGGCCGAUCCUAACUACGGCCAAACUGCAGAAGAGUUCCUCCCAGAGGGCGCUCUUGAUGCCUCACCGCAACCCAGGCUCCCAGCUUCUGGAGGACCUGGAGGAAACCCGAUGCUUUGGGACGUCAUAUUCACUGUCACCGCGACCGUGACCAAUACGGGUGAAGUUGCUGGCGACGAAGUGGCACAGCUUUACGUUUCUCUUGGUGGACCGGACGAUCCAAUUCGAGUCCUCCGUGGGUUUGACCGCAUCAACAUCGCACCUGGAGCCUCGCAAACCUUCCGUGCGGAACUCACGCGCCGGGACCUCAGCAACUGGGACGUUGUCACGCAGAAUUGGUUCAUCAGCCAGAUUGCUGCUGCGGGCGUUGUGAGAGACAUUCAAAUUGAGGAGCUCCCAGCAGCGUGGAGAACCCAGGAGCCAAGCGAAGACGAAGGCAAUGGACAGCCUGAUCAUGAGACUUCAGACGAUAACGAAGGGUUCCCUGAUGACGGCGAGCUUUCCGACGACGACACGAAGGCUGAACUGCCGCAGAAAGACGACAGGGUCUCUUCUGACGAAGAUGACGAAGAUGACGAAGAUGAAUUAUCGAGCAAAGACGCAGAACAAAAGCAAGGCAGCCGCCACCUUCGGUACAUGGAACAACGUAAGAUCAAUCAGUUGCUCGCAAAGAUUUUGAGAAUCCUUCGUAAUAUGAACAACACUCGACCGAGACGGUCGAUGGACGACCCUUACCAUGACGUUAACCAUUCACGAAAAUACUCUGAGCCCGCAGACUUAAUACCAAAUCAGGACUGGCAGUGCUUCCUUGCGCUUUCAAAGGCGGCGGAGGUUGAACAGGAUAGUUUGUCAGAAGUCUAUGGUGCUACCUAUAUGUGCCUGGCAGCUGCACAAGAGGAAACUGUUGACAGCAAUAGGCCCUCCCAUGGCAGCAUCGUCCAGAUUUUGCGCUACGACUUGAGCGUACUUAGGUCGAUCGUCGAUGUCGACCUUGAGGCGUGA